AGACGUGCGCUCUCGCUCCCUUUCUUGUGUGCGACUGUUAGCUGUCUUGUUACUAAGAGUGUGUGAUCAGUGCAAUGACUGACGAGUCAAGAUAAGCCUUAGCAGAACGAUGGUGGUGUGGUGGGUGGUGGGCGCCUGGAUCCUGGAAGUGGCGCGGGCGUUCUGUCCUCCCGGCUGCUCGUGCAACGACACCGCCCCGAGCGCCCGCUGCGUGGGCGGGGGCAUCAACGUGAUCCCCAUCCUGUUCAACCCUGGCCUGCGGCGCCUCAACCUCGCCCACAACUCGAUCAAGUCGCUCGACCAGACCCUCGUCUUCCUGGACAAGCUCGAAGAGCUGGACCUGUCGCACAACCUGCUCACGUCCAUCGACACGGGCAACUUCGAGGUGCAGAGCCGCCUCCGGGAGCUCAGCCUCGCAAACAACAACUUCACGGCGCUGUCCCCGGGCGCCUUCAGCGGCCUGGCGGCGCUCAACCUGCUGGACCUGAGCCACAACGGCCUCUCGGAGCUCCCCGUGCGCGUGCUCGACGACCUCCCCCAUCUUACGGUCCUCAAUCUCGGCCACAACCGCCUCCACAUGCUCUCUCAGAGGACCUUCAGAGGCCUCCACAGCCUCCUUGUCCUCGACCUCUGUGAUAACUACUUCCGCGACGUCCCGACGGCAGCCCUCGAGGACCUCCUCACCCUCCAAAAGCUCCACCUCUGUCGGAACCGCCUCACGCGGCUCGAGGCCAACUCCUUUCCGACGGACACUUUGGUCGAGCUCUCGCUGGAGACGAACAGCAUCGACUCCAUCGAGGAAACGGCCUUCGCCCGUCUCCGACAGCUGCGGACACUGGACCUCGCGUGCAACCUCCUGCCCGACGUCCCGACAGACGCCCUGGCCUCGCUAAUAGCCCUGGAGGCCCUGUACCUCAGCAAAAACAAGCUGCGCGCCAUCCAAUCCGACGCCUUCAGAGGGCUCGGCCGCCUGAAGACCCUUGACAUCUCGCGCAACCCGCAGCUGUCGAGCAUACACGGCGACGCGCUGCGGGAGUGCGUGAGUCUGCAGAGCCUCACGAUAUCCAACAGCCCCGGCCUGCGGCGUCUGCCCGAGGGCUUCCUCUCCUCGCUGCUCGCCCUCCACAACCUCGACCUCAGAGCCAACGGCCUCGAGGGGCUGCCCGAGACGGACUUCGACUGGGGCUCCUUGAAAACGCUGGACCUCCGGGACAACCCUCUCGUAUGCAACUGCUCGCUGCAAUGGCUGGCCUACGCGGUGAGCGCAACCAACAGUUCCUUGGCCGCGCCCGACCUGCAGUGCGCCAACCCAGAAAAACUGCGCGGUCUCUACCUGUCCAGACUGGUCCCGACCGAACAGCUGUGCGGAGAGAGCGUUCAGGUUGUGGUCGCCAUCUUGGUUGUGAGCGGGACGGUUGUGCUUGGCCUCAUGCUGGCGCUUCUCCUCUGCAGGAAAGUCUGA